CACGUCUUUCUCGUUCAUCAAUUUCUGUGAACACUCAAAUUCACACACACUCUCUCUCACUCUCUUCUUCUUCUUCUUCUUCAUUCAACACCAGAAAGCAUGAAAGCUUCCACCAAUGGCGAUUUCCUCAGAACCACCGUUUUCCUCAAGAUCGCUGCUAUCUUCGUCGUCGCCGGUACCUUCUUCUACCUCGGCAUGCACUACUCCGACGGCUACCAGCAGCUCAUCUUCUUCACCUCCACCACCGCCACCGCCACAACCCACGAGGUCGCCACUUCCCCCAAUUUCAACCAAUCCUUCAACGCCUCUUCGCUAAUCGAAUCCGAUCGCAACCAGACGCAAACCGCAAAAUCAGUACAGCCACCGCCACCACCGGUGGAGGAUCCGAUGAAGAAAUUCGGUGUUCUGAAGGACGAUGGCACGAUGUCGGAGGAGUUCGAGGUUGGGGAUUUUGACCCGGAGAUGGUGGAGGAUUGGGGGAACGAGACCCGGGUUGAGGAUUCGGGUUCGGGUCAGGGUCAGGGUCAGGGUCAGGGUCCGAGACCGGCGGUGAAGAGGUUUGGGUUGUGCCCGCGGAGUAUGAGCGAGUAUAUACCGUGUUUGGAUAAUGCAGAGGUGAUUGAGAAGCUGGAAUCUACGGAGAAAGGGGAAAGGUUUGAGAGGCAUUGUCCUGUGGAGGGUAAAGGGUUGAAUUGCUUGGUUCCUCCGCCCAAAGGGUACCGGCCACCGGUUCCGUGGCCUAGAAGCCGAGAUGAGGUAUGGUAUAGUAAUGUUCCUCACACACGCCUCGUUGAAGACAAAGGGGGUCAAAAUUGGAUUUCUAGAGACAAAGAUAAGUUUAAGUUUCCAGGUGGUGGUACUCAAUUUAUACACGGAGCAGAUCAAUACUUGGACCAUAUUGCAAAGAUGGUUCCUGACAUUACAUUUGGUCAGCAUAUAAGAGUUGCUCUUGAUGUUGGCUGUGGCGUAGCCAGUUUUGGUGCGUACUUAUUAUCACGAAAUGUUGUGACCGUGUCUGUUGCUCCCAAGGAUGUCCAUGAAAAUCAGAUCCAGUUUGCUCUGGAGCGAGGUGUGCCAGCAAUGGUGGCUGCAUUUGCAACCAGACAUUUAUUAUAUCCAAGUCAAGCUUUUGACUUGAUACAUUGUUCACGCUGCAGAAUUAACUGGACUCGAGAUGAUGGAAUUUUGCUUCUUGAAGUUAAUAGAAUGCUAAGGGCAGGUGGGUACUUUGUCUGGGCUGCCCAACCAGUUUAUAAACAUGAGGAAGCUUUGGAAGAACAAUGGGAAGAGAUGCUUAAUCUUACUACUCGUCUUUGCUGGAAGUUGUUGAAAAAAGAUGGGUAUGUUGCAAUAUGGCAGAAACCUUCUGACAAUAGCUGCUAUCUAAACCGUGAGGAAGGAACUAAACCUCCACUUUGUGACCCAAGUGACGACCCAGACAAUGUUUGGUAUGUUAAUCUGAAAACAUGCAUCUCUCCAUUGCCCGAGAAUGGAUAUGGACGAAAUCUUACCAGAUGGCCUGCACGUUUGCACACUCCACCUGAUAGGCUUCAAAGCGUAAAACUUGAUGGUUUCAUAUCCAGAAAUGAGCUUUUUAGGGCAGAAUCGAAGUAUUGGAAUGAAAUAAUAGAAAAUUAUGUUCGUGGAUUACACUGGAAGACGAUGAAAUUUAGAAAUGUUAUGGACAUGAGAGCUGGUUUUGGAGGAUUUGCAGCUGCAUUCAUUGACCAGAAUCUGGACAGCUGGGUUAUGAAUGUCGUCCCUGUUAGUGGCCCAAACACUUUACCUGUUAUAUAUGACCGUGGGCUGAUUGGAGUUAUGCAUGACUGGUGUGAACCAUUUGACACCUAUCCAAGAACCUAUGAUUUACUGCAUGCUGCAAACCUACUUUCUGUGGAGAAGAAAAGAUGCAAUGUGUCAUCAAUUAUGCUCGAGAUGGACCGGAUACUGAGACCUGGUGGGCGUGCGUACAUCCGUGAUUCUCUUGCCAUAAUGGAUGAGCUUGUUGAGAUUGCCAAGGCUAUAGGCUGGCAAGCGACGGUGCGAGACACAUCUGAGGGUCCUCAUGCAAGUUACAGGGUCUUGGUUUGUGAUAAGCACCUACUACGCGGUUGAUAUAUAAAACUCACAUUCUUGUUUUUGGUCCCUGCAAGAAAAGGGUCAUCAUACACACUUGAGAAUUGAAAGUAUGUGGAGAUAUCACUUCUAUAUAAUUGUCUAGAAGCAUUUGUUUAUUUAAUCCUUGACAUCAGAUCGUAAGAGUUAGUUAGUGCAUGGUUUAACUUGCUUGUAAAAUUCAAUUUAUUCUUUUGUGACAUAGUUUUAGACUUUUGGGCCUAAUAUCUGGUAUAUUGUUCCUAAUGAUCUUUAUUUCAAAGUCUUAUUUUUUUCAAA